ACUUUUUUUUUCUCUCAACUUUAACUUCCACUUUAUGUAACAUGAUGUAAUCGUGGGACGGCCGGGUAAAUAUAAACAAAUCAUGAAAGUGAAGCAUUUAAUUCAUUUUAAUAUUUUCUUUAAUUCAUCUAAUUCUUAAUGUUUUGCCGUUCUUAAUUAUUAACAUUUUAAAUAUUUUCUUUGAAAGAAAAUAUGCGUUCUGCAAGAAGUGUUAUAAAUUUAGCUCCGCUUUCUUAUGAUCGAUGUAGCAGAAAUUUAUUAUCUAAUAAAUUUGUUAAAUGUUUUUCUAAUUUAUAUCCAAGAACUUUUUCAAGAUUAAUUCCUUCUAGUAUUGUAAAGGAGUUGAGUGCACCAAGAUGUUUUCAUCGGUCGCAUUUUAAACAUUUUCAUGUUUCUCACAAUACAUUGGCAGCUAGAGCUGAUUUAUAUAAAGUUUUAGGAGUUUCUCGGAAUGCUAGUCAAAAUGAUAUUAAAAAAUCAUAUUAUCAACUUGCAAAAAAGUACCAUCCCGAUACGAAUAAAGAUGAUCCUGAAGCUGCAAAAAAGUUUCAGGAGGUUUCAUCAGCAUAUGAGAUACUUGGUGAUGAAACAAAGCGAAAAGAAUAUGACCAAUGGGGUACACAAUCUGAGUUUGGUCAGCGGAGUAAUACUUCAAGUGAAUUUCAUUAUCACUCUAAUAUAGACCCUGAAGAAUUGUUUCGCAGAAUAUUUGGUGAUUUGAAUUUUAAGCCUAGAAUGUCUGAUUUUGAAUAUACUGAUUCUUACUUCGGCUAUGGAGCUUCUGAACAUGUACAUUUACAUUUGGAUUUCUUUGAAGCUACCAGAGGUGCUCAGAAAAUAGUAAAAGUGAAUGUAAUUGACACGUGUCCCACCUGUCGCGGCAGUUGCUGCGUGCCUGGAACAAAAAUGGUUCGCUGUGAUCACUGUAAUGCGACUGGAAUGGAGACUGUUUCCACUGGUCCAUUUAUAAUGAAGACUACUUGUCGUAAAUGUAAUGGAAGUGGUAUGUUUAAUAGGUUUCCCUGUACAGAGUGUUUUGGCAAAGGAGCUUGUGUUCAACAAAAGGGGUUAACUGUAAAUGUGCCACCUGGUGUUGAAGAUGGGCAGACUGUUAGAGUAAAAAGUGGACUUCAAGAAAUUUUAGUAACUUUUAGGGUUCAAGAGAGCAAAUAUUUUCGCCGUGAUGGUUCUGAUAUUCAUACAGAAGCUACUAUUUCUGUUUCUCAAGCAUUUUUUGGUGGAGAAACUAAAAUACAAGGCUUAUAUGAAGACAUUGUAUUAAAAAUUCCUCCUGGUACCCCUUCACACAAAGUGUUUAGAUUUCCCAAUAAAGGGAUUAAGAAUACUACAGGAUAUGGAAACGGAGAUCAUUAUGUGCACAUAAAGAUUAGUGUUCCAGGGAAGCUUGAUGGAGUACAGUAUCAUCUAAUCAAGUCUUAUGCUGAAUUAGAAAAAGAUACUCCAGGCACUAUAAGUGGAAUUUCAUCUUCUCAAA